AUGGCAAAGAAAUUUAAGUCUUUAAAAAGACGCAUUGACGACGAAGGUAACAACGGAGGCUGUUCCGCGGGUAAAAAGUCACUGAUCGAACUUAUCGAUCUCCUUGUGGGCACGGCCGCAGAGAAAGGUGAACGAGAUGAAAUGCAGGAUGAGCAUUUAAGCAUUCCUGACUUUGGCGAUAAGGUAGCCGCUGGCGCCUAUUCAGGUGAAGCGCAGCGAAUCGGUCUCUUCGGAAUUUUUGAUGGUCAUGGUGGUGCUCGGGCUGCUCAAUUUGCAAAACAACGGAUCACAGAGCAACUGAGUACCAAAUUCCCAUCAGGUGGUCUGUCUCAAAUCGAAAAAGACAUAAAACGCAUUACGAUUGACAUUUACAAGAAAACCGAUGAGGAAUUUUUAAAGGAGGCUUCGCGACAAAGACCGCACUGGAAGGACGGUUCCACAGCCACCACUGUUUUGUUGGUGAAUAACACUCUUUACAUUGCGAACAUUGGCGACUCUGCUGCUGUUAUGGCACGUCGUCGGGAGGCGGAGGGUGGUGGCAAAACGGCCUUGGAGUCACUAGCGGGUCUCCGACUGACUCGUGAUCACACGCCUCUCGACCCCGGCGAACGGGAGCGCCUCACCCGCAUCUCAAACAUUCGUAUCAUCGAUGGUCGCGUGAAUGGUCAAUUAGAGGUCAGUCGAUCUUUUGGGGACUACCAGUUCAAGCGACAUGGUGUCUCGUGCCUUCCUGAUGUGAAGAAAUACGAACUGGUCGGUGGACGCGACAGGUUUAUGCUAAUCGCAUGCGAUGGAUUGUGGAAGUGCUUUUCCCCCCAGGAGGCUGUUGAAAAAACGUAUCAACUGAUAUCCGUGAAUCCAGUUCUGAAAAGAUUUGCUUCGGGAGAGGGUACUUUGACAGAAGCCAAGGACAUUCAAGCGGCUCAGAGGGCCUUGAAUGCAAUCUGCUCGGAGCUGGUGCGGGAGGCAGUUCUUCAAAGGCUCUCGGGGGAUAAUCAUUUUUCAUCUGAUUCCGGUUUGAUGUCACUCCUGCCGUGGAUGAGACUCGUCGUGGCGGUAACUCUGUGGCUUGUCCUCCUCGAGGCUGCUCCUAGAGGCCUUGCUGGUAAGGAGCCUCCAGACCGACGGUGGAAUACCUGCAGCACAGCAAACGCGAUUCUGCAGCACGGCGAGGUGAUUAGACCUGACUGUCGCACUGAGUGUUUCUGCGAUGACGGGGUGCUUCUAUGCAAGGACCUCUGCACCUCCAACGGCCUUGCUGAAGUCUGCAACCAACCCCACCCACAAAACCAUCAGGAUCACUCGCCUCCCCUAGUUUGGAAGAGCUGGGGGGGGGGGGGGGCUGUUAGUGGGAAACCACUGCACCAAAUUGGUGACCGGAAAAAUAAAGAUAGGAGAACUUGUACAAGUAAACAGAGGUUCCAUUGCAGUAGCAUCAGUAUACCACAAGUAGUAAGUUCAAGGAAUAAGUCUCUGUUUGCAGAAAGUCUGUGCAAAUCGAGAUCACUGGUGGCGACACAGUGGAGCCCCUGCAGCAAAACCUGCGGUCUUGGGGUGUCCUUUCGAGUGACCAAUAACAACGCCGAAUGUCGCAAUCAAACGGAAGCUCAACUGUGCCACUGGAAACCUUGCAGUCGGGUACCGUCCCGCAGAUGUGCGCCAACGAGGAGAGUGGAGCAACCACAAACCUUUCGCCUGGUGAUUGUUGACAACCGAACGAGGCAAUUGGCGCGAAGGGUGGCGAGGGAAGCUACAGGAGCAGUGGAAUUUCGAGCAUCGACAGGCGCUCCCCCAGCCUCUGACUCAGUGGUGGUGUGCGAGAGCGUACGCCGCUACCGACCUAAGUACUGCACACCCUGCGACAGCCUUGAGGCGCACUGCUGCGUGCCUAUCAGGACAAAGACGACUCGGGUUAACUUUCGUUGUUCCGAUGGUCGUCUGAUACAGCACAACCUUGAGUGGAUUAAACGGUGUGCCUGCCAUCCCACUUAUUGUAAAUAUCUCUAUCCCGCCAUCGACUGA